UUCUCUGUUAUGAGCCAAAAUCGGUUUUCUGCGAUGAAUGUCUGUGGAACUAGAUAUACACGCUCUCUACGGCUAGUAUCAUCAGUUUUAAAUUUUUGCUCUUUUUCAAACACAACACACAGUGUUAAAAGGUUAACUAAAAAUGAUAUAGACAGCUACAUUAGGGACAGUCUUGACAAUUUUGAUGAUGUUGAACUUGCACCAUAUCGUAUAAAUGGAUUUGUGUUGGGGACAAGUUAUCAGGAUGCACAUAUUGACUUUUCACAAUACAGUGAAGAUAAUAACGGAAUCUUUGUGAACUUUAACGAAGAAAAACGCAAAAGUCCACUUUUUACUCCAAACGCAAAAUUUUCUUCCAUAUUUAAAAAAGGUUUCAGGGCUCUGAAAGAUGAGUAUGUUGAUGAAGGAUGGAAUCCUAGAAUAAAAAUUAUCACUGAUAUAUUGAAGUAUGGAUUUAUACCAGAGAAAGAAAUUCAUGAAAUGUGCCUUCAGAAAGUUCGUUAUUUACCAAAUCAGAUCCGUGAAGAAUUAUACAUCACAACUAUCCUAACAAAUCACCUAUUCUCCAGGCUUACAUCUGUCGGGGGAUAUUUAAGAUUUGUAGCCAAUAACAAUACUGACAAGUCAAAGUUUGAGAUUUGUCCUUGCAGAUAUUGUGAUGAUGAAAUACUUUUAGGAAAUACUGGAAUUGGGAGUGAAUAUUUAUUUUAUGGCAGACCUGAUGUUAAACUAUAUACACUGGGUGGUGAUAUCUUUAACAUUGUGUACCCAUCAGACAACAAUGGCAAUAGUCAUAUAGAGGAAAUGGAUGGACCUGAUAUAAGUGAUUCUGAUGACAAUAAUACAAGCCAAGCACUGAGAUGCAGGAAAAAUAUUUCAAAAUUUAUUUCACAAGUAAUUACUUUUUCCUUUUACCAAAGAUCUUUACAAAAAAGGCAAAAUAAAAAAUUCACAUCAACUUUGAUACCAACACUGGCAGUAACUGAAAAUCAUUUUGAUAUAUACAUCUAUGACUGUGAGAAUGACAUUCUAUUGAGAAACUAUGGAGAACCAAUUCCUUUGUGGAAUGAAGAACCAUCUAAAUCAAUGUACGAAACAUUAAACAUGUCGUCAGUUUUAAUGCUUUGGAUGGUACUGAAUCACAUGACAUUUACACCAUGUCUCUCUGAUGAAGAUAUGAACCGUCUUAGCGGAACAUGUGACUUCCUUCCACACAUUUCACAGGCACGUAAACAACUUAUUGAGAACACAGUGGACCAGAAGAAAAGAUUUCAUCCAAUUAAACAAGAUGGAGAGAGAGAGCUUCUUUCAGUGUAAAAUAAAAAAAUUGACAACUUUAACAACAAGUCAUCUCUGAUUAUCUAUGACUCAUUUUAGCUAACAAUAAUUUAAACUGAUUAAACCAGAUUUGUGUUUUGUCUCUAUUUUUUUUUAAAAUGUGAAAAAAAUA